AUGGUCACUAGUUUCUUUACUACUGGGUUCAUUUUGAGGGAAAUAAAUGCCACUUUUAUAUCCCUUAUUCCUAAGAUAGAAUUCCCGCAGUCGGCUAGUGAUUACAGACCUAUUAAUUUAAGCAACAUUGUUUACAAAAUGAUUUCAAAAACUUUAGCAAAUAGGUUAAAAGUUCUGCUACCUAAGAUUAUUUCACCUUUUCAGUCCGCUUUUGUGCCGGGUAGGCAGAUUUCAGACAAUGUGCUCAUUGCGCAUGAAUUAAUCCACACUAUGAGGGCUCAAAGGGGUAAUGAAUUCCUAAUGGGCAUUAAGGUCGACAUGUCAAAGGCGUUUGACAGGGUCGAGUGGAACUUUCUGUUAUAUGUCAUGAGAAAUUUCGGGUUUAGUGAGGAGUGGUGCAACCUGAUAAACCAGUGCAUCAACACUGUCUCUUCUUUAGUAUUGGUUAAUGGCGUACCAGGGUACCAAUUUGUACCUUCUAGAGGCCUUAGGCAAGGCGAUCCUCUAUCGCCCUACCUUUUCAUUGUGUGUAUGGAAGUUUUGUCUAGAGCUAUUUCCAAUGUUGAGGAGUCUAAUCUUAUUCAUGGGAUAAAGAUAGCGUUUAAUGCUCCACCAAUAUCCCAUCUUCUUUUUGCGGAUGACCUUCUGGUCUUUUCUUCCGCAAAUUUGCUAGAAGGUGAGAACAUUUUGAAACUCUUUACUGAUUUUAGUAAUGCGUCGGGGCAGCUAAUAAAUUUUGAAAAUUCGGGGAUUUUUUUUAACACCAACUCUUACCAGGACACUAUUGAUACAGUCAACAACAUCUUGGGAGUUCGUAGAAUAGCCCUGAAUGAUAAAUACUUAGGUUCACCCUUGUUCACUCACAUUUCUAAAGGUGCCGGUUGCGGUGAAGGACAAGAUCAACAGGAUCCAAAGAUAUUUUUUUGGGGAAAAGAUGUUACCAUUACUAGAGGAGUGUACUUGAAAGGUUGGACUAAUAUAUGUGUUCUCAAGGACAUGGGGGGGAUGGGCUUUCUCAACUUGAAAAUUUUCAACAAUGCGAUGUUGGCUAAAGUUACUUGGAGACUAGUCAACUUCCCUGAUUUUAUGUUGGCACAAGUAAUGAAGCACAAGUACUACUCCGAUCAUAGCCUGCUCAACAGUGAAAUACGAUGCCCUGCGACAGCGUCUUGGGGGUGGAAGAAUAUAUACAAAGAAAUGUCAAAAAUUCGAAACAACUCGGUUUGGGUGGUGGGCAAUGGUAAAAUGAUCAGAAUCUGGGAGGACUUAUGGUGUGGUGAAGUGGAAGGUACUCUACAACCUCUUGACCAACAAAGUAUGUGUUUCACUUUUGUUGCUGAGUUAAUGGAUUGUGAUGGAGAACAAGGGAACUGGAACAUGAGCAAGUUGCAACUCUGCUUCCAAACAGAUGUGGUGGAAAUAGUGCAUUUCUUGGAAUGGGUUAACAAUUGGUUUACUAGAGACGAUACCAAGGAGAGGAGAAUCCUCAAGUGGCCAGAGACUAUGGACACUAUAAUGUGGGGGAUUUGGAAAACUAGAUGUGAUCUAGUGUUUAGGAAAGACAAACCAAAUGUAGCUAGAACCAAGGGUUAUCUCAUGAGCGAAGUGUAUCCAUGCAGCAGGACUUGGCAGAGAGGAGCUAGAAGGCCUGGCGGCUUCACAGACGAUCAAGUGGGCACGAGAUUUGAACAUUCAGAUGGUCCAAAUCGAGGUGAUGACUUGAAAGUUCUUGAAGCUACUCGGAAAGAAGUUAACAAGUUCGCAAAAGCUCCAACCAGGUUGCAGGAAGGAUACAAUUUAAACUUUCGCUUAUGUAUGAAGGGUAUCAAAACUCUUACUAUGAUACCUACUUUUGAAAAUAGUGUUGCGAGGAAUCUAGCUGUUGUUAGCCUGUCGGAAGGUCUGUUCAGUAUCUGGGAUGACAUUUCUUUUUUGAACUUUAUGAACCACAGUCAGGGAAUGCAAGAUCAUUAUCAGGUCUCUAUGUAA